AAAGUAUCCUUGACUGGCUUUAACUGUCAACAAAUCUGAGAAGUGCAAACCAUAACUUGUUUCCAAAUAAACUUUUCGGUUCCUAGGAAGCUUUGUUUAUGGAUAGAACAUUUAUUUUCACUUCAAGAAACUGCACUGAACUGCUCAAUAUGAUAAUUCAAUUAAAACGUCUAGAAACUCUACACUGAAAUAUUAGUGGAAGUGUUUUACUAAUUUAUUUGUAGGAGAUCCGACUUAAUAUGUCCAUUUCAGAUGGUUUCGGUGUCCAAGAACGUCAAUCUCUUUUAUCUAAACUUUUAGAUGCAGUUAAACAGUGUCAAAUUAGAUUUGGUGGAAGAACAGAGCUUGCAACUGAAAAUGACAGCAGAGUGGUGUGCUUAUGUGCUCAAUUUGAAGCUGUUUUGCAGCAUGGUAUACGAAAGACAAAUAAAAGUUUUUUGCCUCUUAGGCAUGUUACUGGUAUGAUGAAAGGCUUAAAUAUAUUGAAUAAUGAAGCUGAACCUGUAUUCUGGCAGAUUGUACGUUUAGUCUUAAAUAAACAUGAGUUUGAGAGGUAUAUGCUUCUAAAGAACAUAACAACUGACAUUGGACGUGGAAGAGCAUGGUUGAGGUCAGCACUGAAUGAGCAUUCAUUGGAACGCUAUAUGCAUAUGAUCUUGGCAGAUUCAGCUCAAAUUAAGAACUUUUAUGAAGAUGGGGCAUUUUUACUGGACGAUGAGAGGAGUAGCAUGUUACCAAUGAUGGCAGCUGGUCUUGGAUCUAUCUUGUUUGCUAUAAGUAUUGAUAAUCCAGAUCUUAAUUUAGUUCGAACCUCCAAUACAGAAUCUCCUGUUGAUAGUACAAAAUAUUCUCCACCCAAAGAAGAAUUUGAGCCUAGACCUGUCAUAUCAAAAUCUGUAGAAAAUGGUCUCGUAAAGAAGAAGAAAAAGAAAAAACGUCCCACAUCUCAAGUAGUUUCAUUUGAUGAUGAUGAUCUCUGUGAUGAAAACAUAAAAACUCUUGAUCUUCUUCCCGAGUCAUGCAGUGCUCCUGCUACUUGUUUGUCAUCUCCUGUCCAAGUUUCUGGAAAUUUCCUUGAAUUCUCUUCUACAUCCUCAUUAAAAAAAUCUAGUAUAGAUUAUACCUCGGUCACUAACACUUGCGAAGGAAAUAUGAAUAUCAAAGACUCUUUGUCCAGUCCUGAAGUCUGUAAUGAAAAUACUGUGAAAAAUAACUUAGAUUAUUCUGUACAGAGCAUAGUUCGGGCUGCCUCAUGUCCUUUGGCAGUAUUGAACAAUAAUUCUGUAGUUGUUACAGACUGUAGUGAUAAUGGUGCUAAUGAAAUUGGUUCGCCAUCUGGUAUUGGUUCACCACCUACUUUGUGUGUACUUCCUGAUAAUUCAGAACCAGGUAAUUCAGAACAAACUACAUUAACACCCAUUGGUGAUUCUUCUGUUGGUGAACUAAUCCCAAUUGUCCAUAAUGAAGAAGGUGCUGCAUCAGCACCUCUUAGGAAGCACGAUUUUACAGAUGAUUCUGUAUCUAUACCAAGUUUUUGUGAGGAUGUAGAUAAUGCGGUUGCUGCACUUGCUGUAGCUCAGCGCCUCCCAUCAUGGUCUGUUUCUAGUAACAAUUCUCAGGGGAGUACAAAGAGUGAGCCAAGGAGCAGGAGUGAUACUUUGACUAUGUCCCCAGAUGAAAUGAGAGAGGCUUUGUUAUCAGUUAUGCAGAAAAAAGAAGAGUUUGAAGAAAAAAAUAAUGCUUUGCGAUGUUUAUUGGAAAGAGAAAUGGAAAUGGCUGCUGGUCUGAGAGCUGAAGUAGAAGAACAAAAGAAAAGCAGUGAAGAAAAAGUUGAAAGAUUGGAGGCAAAAUUACAGACUGUUUCAAGGGAAAAUGAAUUAUUGAAACAUCAAUUAAAGAAAUAUAUUGCUGCUGUACAGUUAUUGAAACAUGAUAGUGGGAAAGUGCAGGAGUUAACUUCGGUAGUUGGUGAAGUUCAACCUCCUAUUCCAGAGCCUAAAGUAUUUAUUGACCAUCAGUUUGAAGCAUCUGAAUAUGAAAAAAAAUUAGUCCAGGUAGCAGAAAUGCAUGGUGAGCUUAUGGAAUUUAAUGAAAGACUUCAUCGCUUGUUGCUGCAGCGUGAAACUGCUAUUCGCCGACUGAAAGAAGAACUUAUUGAUUUAAGAGGGCCUCUUCCAGAUGAUAAUCAGACAUCAGAUGAUGAUAUUAGUAUCACUUCAGAUUAUGAUGCUUCAUCUCAGACAGCAACUUUGAGACCUUUGAUAAAUGUGUGGAUUCCAUCUGCAUUUCUGACUGGGAAGAGUGCUGAUGUACAUCAUGUUUAUCAGGUAUAUGUUCGAAUAAGGGAUGAUGAGUGGAAUGUAUAUAGAAGAUAUGCACAAUUUUAUGCCCUCCAUAAAAUAUUGAAAAAGAGAGAUCCGAUUGUAAAUACUUUUGAUUUCCCACCAAAGAAAACAAUUGGGAAGAAAGAUGCAAAAGUUGUUGAACAAAGAAGGCGACGAUUGCAACAUUAUUUACGUUGUGUUUUGAAUUGGUUACUUCAAACUAAUGCAGAUAUCUCAAACAGUCCAGAUAAAGAGACGUUUAUAUCUCUUUUGCCAUUUUUCAGUGAUCAAGUUAACACCCAGAAGAAGCAGUCUCGAAACAGUCGAGCUCGGCAAUCUGAUAAUUCCUGUUUGAAUCCUGAGCAGUCAGCCACACCACAUUAUACGGGCUUAUAAACUUGACAUUCCACUGUACAUUUGAUAUAUUUUUUUCUGAAAUUAUGUGUUUUUUGUUGCCAUUUUUUAUGUAUAUUUUUAAAAAAUUUAAACAAUAUUUUUAAUCUUGUGUAUAUAAUUGUUGCAAAUGUAUUUAAAUGAAAGCAUCUCUCAAUAUUUAUUAAUAAGCAGUUUAUCUAUAGUUUUAUGAUAUGAAUUCCCCCCCCCCUUUGUGGAAAUUUAAAUUAAUAUGUGGCCCAUUAAAAAUUAUAUAAUUCUAUUUAGUAAUUUGAUUUUUUAUCUGUAACAUAUUCAAAAUAUUAUUAGCUCUGUUAAUCAUUAAAUAAUAGGGCAUAAUGUUCAUGCAAUUUAAUAGUUAAGACGAGUUUAGUAAUAAUGAAAUUGAAAUGUCGAUGAUUUAUUUUCAAUUCUAGUUUCCUUUGUUAAAAUUUUUUGUGACGUAUUUUGAGAUGAAAAACUGUAAAUAUGUUAUCAAUGAUAUACAAUUGAUAUAUAUAUAUGUAUGCAUUUCUUUCUGUGAAUUUGACACACUUUUGUCUCAUAUAACUCUCUAAUCAUUUUUAUAUGAAUGUGAUUGCUAGUCAUGGCUAUAAUUAUUUGAUAAGUCUCAUUAUAUAAAUCAUUCUUUCAAGUUGUAAUUUGAUUGACAAUCAAAAUGGGAUAAAUAUACAGAUGUAAACUUGAAUGAAUAAUAUUUAAUAUAUUCUGCAUAAAAAUUAUGAGAUAUUUUGUAAUUUUUGUAAAUUGAGUUACAAUACUUUUUGUUUUUCAAAAGAUAGAAGCUUUUUAACUUGUUAA